UGGGCGUGGUUAGUGGGUUAACUAGAUAGCGUGGGUGGAGUUUUGUUGGUAAAGUGCGCCUGGGAAAUGUGGUUCCUUUAUUACACAGUGGCAAAUAGAAGUCAAGCGGUUAAAUUAACCUAAUUUGCUACAAUGUAAGUUUUAGGUGUAAGGAAUGCAGCACAGUUAACGCUAAGAGAGCACCUGGAACGCCAGAAGAUGCCGGGCCAGGUCACCUACGGGCGUAAGCGCCCCCUGCCUCCCUGUCCAAACCCUCUUUUCCUCAAGUGGCUCACAGAAAGGAGGGACGAUGCUGCCGAAAAAGGAAAGAAGACACAGUUUGUGUAUCAGAAGGCCAUCAGUUCGCUAAAGAAGUAUCCAUUACCCCUCAGCAGCGGAAAAGAGGCCAAAAUCCUGCAAAACUUUGGAGACGGGAUCUGCAAGAUGUUAGACGAGCAGCUAGAGAAGCAUUACGCCGAACACGGGCCAGAUGCUCCAAUACAUUCUCUUCCAAGCAGCACAUCAUCUGCAGAUGGUCGCAAGCUCAGAGCACCCUCGCCCCUCUCCAUCCCUCUUGCUUUAGAAGCACCGCAGCCGAGUCAUGGACAGGGACCCUCCCCAACGAAAAAGAAAAAAACAGAAGGUAAAAAACAAAGGGAGUAUGUACCCCAGAAACGGUCAGGGGGUUACGCAGUGCUCCUCACUUUGUACAGAGACAGCAAGAAUACCAACAGCCGAGGGUACAUGACUAAAGCAGAGCUUCAUAGAGAGGCUCAGGCAUUGUGUGACAAGUCUUUCACCCUGACUGACCCUGCUAAUAAAUACACUGCUUGGUCUUCCGUCAGUACAUUAAUUCAAAAGGAUUUGGUGCUUAAAACCCACAGCCCUGCAAGGUAUUCACUGACAGAGAAAGGGCUUGAGCUGGCGCAGAGGUUGGCGGCAGCAGAGGAGGUUCCAGGGAGCAAAACUGCUGAUGCCAGACAAGGAUUUUCCACAGAAGAAGAAGAAUAUGAAGAGGUAGAAAUAAUAGACAAUGGAAAGAUCACGUCAACUAUACAGUUACAAACCCUCCAUUUACCACCCCAGAGUAUUUCCUCAGUAAAUGUCGUAAGACAGGCGGAAACAAACACAGCUAUCGGUUCUUAUCACCACGUACCAGAUUUCACGUUGCGUCCUGGUCAGUUCAGUAUCUUGCUUUGUGUGGAUUUCAUCGAGACCACAGGAGGCUUAGCCCAUAAGAAGCAGGAGCUGGUUUCAGAACUGAAGAGGAAUGGAGUUCAUUUUGAUGUACGUAAGCUACACAUAGGAGAUUUUCUAUGGAUAGCGCAGGAGAAGGUCCAGCCUCUGCCAGGCCAACUGCGCAUUCCGCAGUCUCGGGAGCUGGUGCUAGAUACGUGGUUGAGCGAAAGAGAAUGGGAUGACUUGUGUGGCAGCAUUAUAGACGGCCGCUUCCGGGGAGCAAAGUUCCGCUUGAAGCGCUGCGGCCUGCGUCAUCCAAUCUAUUUGGUGGAGGAUCAGGGGGCAUCGCAACAGCUCAGUAUCCCUGAAACCACUUUACAGCAAGCAAUUGUGAAUACACAGGUAAUAACGGGCUUCUUUGUCAAACGCACAAAAGAUGUGCGUGAAUCUGCAGCAUACCUGACCAUAAUGACCCGUUUGCAAGGAAUGUACUCGAACAAAACCUUGCUGAGCUGCACCAGAGAAGAAGGAAAGGGGGCUAUGAAAAAUAAGGCACAGACAGUGAAGGAAGUGUUUGCUCGGCAGCUGAUGCAGAUUAGUGGAAUUAGCGGGGACAAAGCGGCAGCUAUUCUGGAGAAGUACAGCUCCCCUGCCAGCCUCCUGUCUGCGUAUGAACAGUGCACAGCUAUGGAGGAGAAGGAAAAGCUGCUAUCCAACAUAAAGUGCGGGAAAUUGCAGAGAAAUCUUGGCCCAGUGUUGAGCAAGACCGUAUCCCAGCUCUACUGCACUAAAGGAGCAUUAUCCUGAUGCGCACAAUCUUGUCCACCUAGGAUUAUAGACACCAGUUUAUUACUAAACAACAACAUAUCACAUAUUACCAAGUACCUUAUCUGCUGGAAUAGAAGAACAAGGAACAAAUGGGGAGCUCCUUUACAAAAGGAUAAAUUACAUAUUGUGUCAAUCUGCUGGAUAUAUUGUUCCUGUAGAAAAACGCGUUGUAUGUGGAACUGUAUCUGAAGAUUUUGAAGACACAAAGAUGUAGACCUUUUAGAAAUGGAUUGUUGUGUGGCUUCAGACCUCAAAAAAAUCUAUUGUCCAAACUCCAGCAUACAAAUUUAUUCACAUUAACCAAGUGUUUUAUUAGCAUGAAGAUCAAGGAUAUCACGAAAACAUGAAAAUUCAUAAGAGUGCAUCAUGUGGGCAACCAUCUUUGGCGCCAACUAUAUAGGAGGAUCUUCCAUUUGUUAGAGAUGAAACCAAGCUAUGAUAAUUGUACAGAAUGCAUUAGAAUUAUGUGUCAUUUUUGUAUAUGAAAAUAAAACACAUUUUGCAGAAAA